ACAGUCUUCGUCUGUGUCGUAUACGUAGGGUUCAAGUCUCUAUUAUUUUCGAUUUUGCGCUCAUUUAUUUAUUCCGUAAAGGGCAAAUUCGAUUGCCCUCGCCGACGCCAUGGCUAAAAGCUCAUUUAAGUUGGAACACCCUCUCGAGAGGCGACAGGCUGAAGCUGCUCGUAUUAGGGAGAAGUACCCUGACAGAAUCCCGGUUAUUGUGGAGAAGGCUGAACGCAGUGACAUUCCUGAUAUUGAUAAGAAAAAGUAUCUAGUUCCUGCUGAUCUUACUGUCGGGCAAUUUGUAUAUGUUGUCCGCAAAAGAAUUAAGCUCAGUGCUGAGAAAGCCAUCUUUAUCUUCGUCAAGAAUGUGCUCCCUCCUACGGCUGCAAUGAUGUCGGCUAUCUAUGAGGAAAACAAAGAUGAGGAUGGAUUCCUAUACAUGACUUACAGUGGCGAGAAUACUUUUGGUUUGCUCUGAGAUUGAAGCUCAGUGGAGCUAUGUACAUAGUCAAAUAACGCUUUGCAAAUAUUUUCAGUUAUCCAUCUGGAGUUAUCUUCUCGAAAGAUUGUCUUUAACUUUUCUGAAUCGGAAAAUGUCAAUACUUUGGUGACAUCUAAUUAUAUAUAAUUCAGUUUCCUUAUCA